GUCAUCGUUCCGAAAGACGAGUUUUUUAAGGCAUUUCUCGCUAAACAUGUUCGAUUCCAAAAGGAUUAUAAGGAUUUAUUUGAAACAAUGUCCUUCACCUCCGAGUUCUACGUGUCCAAGUACGCGCUUGAUCUUUUUACCAGACUAUUUUCGCCGUGGGAAAAAUGCUACAACGUCCACAAAGCACUCAUAAAGCAUCCAGCCUAUGUUAAACACGCGACAUCCAGUCUCAUUGCGGAAAAACUGAAAGAGCUGAAGGAUAAGCCUGGCAGCUUCUACUUUCGUAUAAGUGUAAACAAUCCGGGCGUUUGGGCUAUUGGUUACAUUACAGCGCAAAAGAGCAUUUCGCAUGUCCUCUGCUAUGGACUGCCCAUAAUUGACACACUCUAUCAACAACGCAAUGACCUGUAA